AUGGGGACUCCAAAAGAACACAUAGAGCAGAUAAGAAAAACGACAUUCUCGAUAGGAGGAGAAAAGAACCCUUUGGCUCCAAUGCUUGAUCAGGCUGUCAAGUUUCUCUCUGCUGAACUCUACGCUAAAGAUGUCCACUUUCUAAUGGAACUCAUUCAGAAUGCGGAAGACAAUGAAUACUUGGAAGGGGUGGAACCUUCACUUGAGUUUGUCAUAACAUCUCGCGAUAUAACGAAUACUGGUGCACCUGCUACUUUGCUCAUGUUCAAUAAUGAGAAGGGCUUUUCUGCAAAAAAUAUCGAGUCCAUUUGCAAUGUUGGAAAUUCCACUAAGAAAGGGAACCGGAAGCGCGGUUAUAUUGGGGAGAAAGGAAUUGGAUUCAAGAGUGUGUUUCUUAUUGCUGCUCAACCUUACAUAUUCAGCAAUGGCUAUCAGAUCCGAUUCAAUGAAAAGCCCUGUCCACACUGCAAUCUUGGAUACAUAGUUCCUGAAUGGGUUGAUGAGAGCCCAUCUCUUUCUGACAUAAAACAAAUUUAUGGCUCUGCUUCUACCCUCCCAACUACUACACUGAUUUUGCCUCUGAAGCCUGAUAAGGUGAACCCUGUGAAGCAGCAGCUGUCAAGUAUUCAUCCAGAAAUCCUGCUGUUCCUUUCAAAGAUAAAGCGGCUUUCUAUCAGGGAAGAUAAUGAGGAUCCCAGGCUCAACACUGUUAGUGCAAUAGCUAUUACCAAAGAGACUAAUUUUGUGACGAGAAAAAACAUCGAUGCUGAGUCCUACACACUCUAUCUGUCUGCAGACGAAAAUGGAGAUGAAUUUGAAAAAGAAUGCAGCUACUACUUGUGGAAGCAGAAAUUUCCUGUCAGGCCGGAAAACAGAGUUGACAUGAGAAUGGAAGUGGAGGAUUGGGUGAUCACUUUGGCUUUUCCUAAUGGAGUGCGCCUCCAUAGAGGAAUGAAGUACUCCCCUGGAGUAUAUGCAUUUCUUCCAACCGAGAUGGUGAGUAACUUUCCCUUCAUAAUUCAAGCAGAUUUUAUUCUAGCAUCAUCAAGGGAAACUAUACGAUUGGACAACAAAUGGAACCAAGGAAUUCUUGAUUGUGUUCCCUUUGCUUUUAUCAAUGCGUUAGUCUCAUUAGUCAAAACAGUAGAUGAUGCUCCAGUAUCUAGUAUGCCUCGAAUGUUCAAGUUCUUGCCAGUCUACAGCUCCCCCAUUGAAAAGUUGAAUUCAGUGAGGGAAUCAAUUAAAGCAAAGCUGGCUGAAGAGGAUAUUGUUCCAAUUGAGUCAUAUACAGAGCAAAAGUUCUUUCAUAAACCGUGCAAAGUUGGCCGAUUAAUGCCUGCUUUCUGGAAUACACUGAAGAAGGCAAGAGAGCAAAGAGUGAGCUUGCACAAUCUUUCAUCCCAUGGUUGCUAUGUUCUGAAUUCCUCAUUUGAUAAACCAGAGUAUGAUCAGAUACUGGAGUUUUUGGGGGUCAGACCAGUAUGCAGUGAGUGGUAUGUAAAGUGCAUCCAAGGCUCUAAUAUUGUAAGGGGAGUCACAGAGAAAGCAUACGUGGAGCUUCUUCACUUCCUUGCUGUUAAUUGGCAGUCCAAGUUUCACAGCACAGGCAUGGGUAACAUUCCACUCGUUAAAUAUGUGGGUAUUGAUGGGAGCGUGUCUUUGUGCACUGUUAAUGAAUCUGCUCAGUGGUAUGGUAAAACUCUGUGCCUAUCAUGUCAGUCUUCUCGAGUCUCGUGGCUGAUUGAUUGGAACAAGGAGUUUCGAUGCAUGGCCAAUCUCUAUUUUGUGCCAAAAAGUACACAAGAAGCUAUCUGUUCAUCAUCUGAAAAAGAAGUGGUGUUAAAAUGGCUUGUAGACCCGGUUAACAUUACUCUUUUAACCGUAUAUGAGUAUGCAGAUCUCUAUGGAAGUCAAGUCAGUAGUGACCGGAAACUUGUCAUUGCCUAUGCUCAUUUCUUAUAUCAUUCAUUUUUAAAGGACUAUCUAUCAGACAGGGAAGUUGCUUCUUUGCGUGCUAAAAUGCCUUUUGUUGAUAGCUAUGGUCAUGUGAUCAAAGAAAGGAAUGCCGUUCUUGUCCCAGCUAGUGAAAGUAAAUGGGUGCAAUUGAUUGGUUCUAAUCCUUGGAGGGGAGAAAGCUACGUUGAGUUAGGAGAAGACUACUUGGAUCCUGGAUAUUUUGCUGGCACAAGCACAGAGGGAAAGCAACUCUUGGAGUUCCUUGAAGCUUCUGAUAUUCCUCACAUAUCUCCUCCCGAUGCUGGAAUACCUACUGCAUCAACACCACUUACCAAACAAAAUGCAUUUCUGCUGUUGGAUUGGAUUCGUGAGCUGAAACGGAGUGGAAGCAUUCCAUCAAAGUUCAUGACAUGCAUAAAGGAGGGUAGCUGGCUGAAAAUUACUAUGAAUGGCUCUCCUGGUUACAAGCCGCCAUCACAGUCAUUCCUACUUACUUCACUCAACACAAGCUCAAACUGGGGAUACAUUUUGCAGAAUGGAUCUGUGCUUGUUGAUAUUCCCUUGAUAGAACAGAGUUUUUAUGGUCAUAAAAUUAAUGAGUACAGAGAGGAGCUAAAGACGGUCGGAGUCAUGUUCGAGUAUGGAGAGGCAUGA